GAAGUGUGACUUGGAGAUAUUAGAGAAGAUUGAAAUGGAGAAUACAGGGGAGCAGACAUACAUAUAUAUAUGUGGUGGGAGGCUGAUGUCAAAGCUUGUGAAUAUGUGAGUCUCGUGACCCUAUUUUUCAAUCUUUAACUAAUACUCUUUUUUGAUAAAUAGGAAAAUAUGUAUGGUUAGUAUUUGGGUACGAUGGUUUGAUUUGUCCAAGAUUCAGAUUUUGAGGCAUCACCAAAUCAUAGUUCUUUGGGAAUUAUGUUUUAUUUUAAUUUAUUUUGUACAUUAUCUAUCUUCUUUUAUUUUUUCAUCACAUUAUGUAUUUUGUUAUCCUGAAUACUAGAGGUGAAUGCGAAUGAGAGAAAUAUGAAAUAAAAUAAACCAGUACCUGUAUUCUGGUGGUGAUUAACUUGAGGGUAAAAGCCCAAUACGGUGAAACUAUCAGAGGUCGAAUCCCGGCCAAUGGAGAAUUAGUAUUUUGGCAUCGUGAGAGACUUGAGACCAACACGUAAUAACACAGAAUACCCAUGUAUAAUUUAAAAAAUAGAAUACGUUUUUUUUGUAAAGAUUUUUUGUCACCAAGAUGAUUUUAGUAUUUUUUUUUUCUUCCUUGAUAGCUCAGAGUUUCAACCUUAAACUAGAUCUUGACUCGCACAUCUGUGGGGAUUUAUUAUUCUUAUACUAAACAUUUUAGUUUAUAUAACAAAAUUUAUCACUAAUUUAAUGUGAUUUAUAUGUAUUAUAUAACUCUAUAAUGCCUAUAUUUAAGUGGCUUGUUGUUACUAUAAAAUUUUGUAAAAAAAUUAUUUUGAGAACAUUAUUAUAUAACAAUACUAUUUUACAUAAUUUUUAAUUUUUUUCUAUGUUUGAAAUGUGUAUGGAAGUAAAAUUAAAUUGGACCUACAUAAUAGAGAAGAAAUAUUGUGAGAUAUUGUUAAAAACAACAAAAAAUACUUUUUCGAAAAAGAAACUAUAAUAUAUUGUACAUGCAAAAAUAUUUUGUAGUAAAAAUAUUAUUUAAAAAUUGCUUGAAAUACACAAAGUUGAAUAAGUUUUUUGUUAUUUUAUUUUAUUUAAAAUAGAAAUGGAUAUUUCUUUCUAACAAUUUUUUUUUAAGAUCUUUAUAAAAUGUAUUUCCAAAAAUUAAUUUAAUUUUUUAUUAUCAUUAAAAUAUAGUUAAAAAUAUUUUAUAUGAUUUUAAUUUUCGUUCAUUAAACAAAUAUAAAUUUAAUUUGAAAUUCUAGUUAUAUUUUUUGAUAGUUAAAAUUUAAAUUAAUUUAUUUUCGAAAAUAAAAUUUAAAAUGAUUCUGAAAAGAUUUUCUUUGAUUUUUUUUAAACAAUAUUUAUUUGUAUUUUAAACAAAAGAUAUUAAAAGAUAUGAUGAUUAAAUUAUGUAAAAUUUGAUAAACAUUACAGAGGAUGAUCCAUUUUUAAAUAUCACACAUGAAAAAAGUCAUGACUUCUAUUUUAACAGUAUAGAUUCUGCCAACACACAACAAUCCACAAUAGCUAAGAUCGGGAAAGAAUCCACAUAAACAAGAUAUACACAUUUCAAUUCUCAAGUUCGAAUGAAGCUAGAAGACACUAAAAGUAUCUUGGUUUUGAAUGCAAUUGAAAUAAAGGCAAGAAAGUAAAUCAACGAAGUAAAUCUAUGAAUAAAAAGCAUUGGGAAGUAGGGGAGACGGAGGAAAUUAGAAUAUGAAUGCAAACAACUCAUCAAAGAAUCAAUUAAACACCAUUCUAGAACUCAAAACACAGUUUAAUAAUCUUUACACUCUCGGCCCCGAUCACUAUGUCUAACAAUCCAAUGAACUAGCUCUCGUUGAACUCAUGAGGUUAAACAUGGAUUAAAGAACAAUUUUUGAUAAGUUUACAAAGCUCCAUAACAUUAACUCUGGUCGGUUAAGUUAUUUUCGGAUAUUUCAUCGAACACCAUUUGGGUGCGAAAAAAAAAACUAAGCUCAUGUAUUAGGUAGUUAAUCAAGUUCAAACAAUAAGAAAAAACUAUAGAUGAAGGACUGAAACGAUUGCACGAUUGGAAUAAGGUCUUAUCUCUCAAACUUAUCUUUACAUCAACAAGCUCUUUAUGGGUCUCCUGGAUGCGUUGAAAUCUCAUUAGAACCGAUAAUUUUUGGGAAAUGGGAAGUGCUGGUUAAUAGGGAUGGGAGUUGAAUAUGUCAGAACUACUCAAGUUUAGAUCAGUGACUAGGCAAUUUUUAAUUUGUGAAGUUAGAUCGGUUAAGUUGAAUAUGUCAGAACUGCCAGCUUUUGGCAUGAUAAUUGGACUUUGUUGGGACCUUUUAUUGAAAUCACCGGAGAUAGAGGUCCACCCGUUACAAGUAUGCCACUAAAAUCCACGGUAUCAGAAGCUAUCUCAAACAAUAGUUGGUGGUUAGACAAUAGCCGAAGUCGACAUCCCAUUAUCACUCUCAUACAUUAGUGUCUGCCUUCAGCCACACACAUAUAAUCCUACGAGGCUGAGGAUUACUGCUUCUGGAAAAUAGGAGACAUAGAACCAUCGUCAGAUACCUUCUAUAUUUAGGAAAUUUGGGGAUAUUUACACAACUAUCUUUUGGAAUGGUAUCUUGGGGUUUAACGGUUCCAACAAAUUUCUUUUUGUGUAGACGUGUAGUGAUGCCUCUGAAACUUGUGAUCACCUGUUGUUCGACUGUUCUUAUUUAGCAAAGGUAUGGUCUUUAUUUACAGAUCAUGCUCAUUUUUUGCCUCCACACCAGUGUAUGUAAUGCGUCAGAUAGACUAAAGACCAGACUUCAGACCCCAUCAAACUCCUCUUCAGUCUCAUCCUUCAAGUCUCAAUCUAUGUCAUAUGGAAAGAGCGCAACUCGUGUUCACAAUGCCACUAGUAGACCCUCUUCUGCUCUGAUCUCAGACAUCAAAAUCAACUUAAGAGCCAAACUUGACACCUUAUCUUGAGCUUAAAGAAACCUACCAUCAACCAUCACCACCUACCUAAACCUACCCUCUCUCAUCGUGGAUUACUUUGUUCCUGUAUAAGUCUUCUUUUUUUAUUAUUCUUCUUGGAAGUGACAGAUCAUGUUGAUAUGAUGAUUGAUGCGCAUUAAUCCUGAGGGAUGCUUUGUAAUAUGUCAGAAUUUAUUUAUUUUAAAUGGAAUAAAAUAUCGAAAUGUACAGACUACAGAUGCCAAAUAGUAACAUUUUUCAGUCUAGCAAAAAUCGCGGGAGGCUAGGGUUUUAAAUCAUCGUAUCCGCCAUGAAAACACGGCGGCAGCACGCCGCUGAGAACGCUCUAACAAUAUCUCGACGCAGUACACGAUCUCCGCUCUCAAAUGGAAACUCAGAGACGAUCCCAACUGAUCUCAUCAUCGAAAUCCUCUUGAGAUUGCCGCCUAAGUCUAUAGCGAAAUGUCGCUGCGCAUCCAAGCUCUGGGACUCCAUACUCCGCCGCGCAGAUUUCACGGAGCUUUUCAUCACCAGGUCUCGUGCUCGUCCGCAACUCUUACUCUCUUGCGUAGAAAACGAGGACUUGUUCUUAUCCUCGAUACCUCAAGAGGUCCAAAAUCAAGAUGUUGUAACCGCCAAUUAUCAUACGAGGUUCCCUUGUGGACGUUCCUCUAAAAUCAUCGGUCCGGUUCGCGGUUUAGUCUGUCUUACACAUCUUCGGAAGUAUAAGAAAACGGCGCCGGUUAUAUGUAACCCUAGCACAGGUCAAUCUUUACCUCUACCCAACGUGAAGACCAGGAGUAUUCUCGUGAACAGUUUUCUUGGGUUUGAUCCAGUUGGUAAACAGUUCAAGAUAUUGUCCAUGACCACAAGGGAUUAUCUCAAUUGUGAAGAGCAUCAAGUUCUGACUUUAGGGACUGAGAAAAAGAUGUCUUGGAGAAAGAUCCAAUGUUCUAUAUCCCAUUAUUUUAGGCAUAUUAAUCAUGGGAUAUGCAUCAAUGGUGUUGUAUAUUAUGUAGCUGGUCUCAAUGGACCUCCAAUGGCUAAUGGUAUAGUUUUCUUUGAUGUUAGGUCUGAGAAGUUCAAAGUUAUUAAUAGAGGUGAGGAGAUGGCAUUAUGGAGUCAAUCAACUCUUGUAAACUAUAAGGGUACAUUAGGUGCUCUUUUGACAGAAGGGUUUACCCAAGUUACCGGAGAUACUAAAUGUUUUCAGUUGUGGGUUUUAGUAGAUGCUGAGAAACAUGAAUGGUCGAAGCAUAUAUCCAUAUGUCUGCCCCUGCUGUGGAAGAACAUAGUUGCAAAUGCCACUUUAUUCUUUGUUGGAGUCACUGGCACAGAUGAAAUCGUGUUGUCACCGCACUAUGUAUCCUAUUUAUCAGAAGAGCCUUAUUGUUUCCAUGUUUACUACUACAACAUCGAGAGCAAUGCAAUCCGAAGAGUUGAAAUCCAAGGAAUGGAUGCCUUUAGGCAUUGUGAAAUUCGCCUCUCUCUAAACCAUGUAGAGGACGUGAAGCUUUUGCAAUAUAUUUAGGACUUUAUAACAGGUCAUGGGGCCUUGCUUCUCCUUAUGCUAUUUGAUGUAUUUUCUCUGUUUUUUGUUUUUUUUGUUGUGAUGGAUGGUCGAGACUGUAUCAAUCUCUGUGUUUACAAUUUAGCCUUUUGAAAUCUUCUCUUCAUGAUUAAGCCACUUUGUGGGUUAUGUUUUAUGAGUUCUAUAUUUAAUCAUCCACUGGUAAAAGACCACACUGA